AUGAGCUCAAACCGAAAAACAAGUUUAGUGUGGAAGUACUUCAUAAUUGAAGCAAACAAUCCAAGAAUGGUUCAGUGCAAAAUCUGCAACAGCAAAGUUUCAAGAGGAUCUGACGGCCCAAAAAAACAAGGAUUAAGUGGACUCACGUCACACCUGAAGAAUCAUCAUCCUGACAUCAAACUUACGCCCGAAAAAGCAGAAAAUCCAAAGGAAAUUGUGUCAAAUACUUUUAUAAAACGUGUCAAAUUCUGCAUCUCUUGUUCUCCAUUUGAUGAAAGUCAUACUGCAAAAAAUAUUUUCAAAGAGAUCAAAGCAGCAGCAGAGGAAUGGGAAAUUUCUUCAAAAAUUGGAGUUUGCUUAAGAGACAACGCAGCAAAUGUAAAAGCAGCCUUCAAUGAGCCAAGCUGUAAUUAUAAGUCAGCUGGAUGCCUUAACCACUCCCUUCAACUUGUGAUAAAAAAAGACCUAUUAUCAGAUCCUACCAUCAACGAACUGAUUGAAAAGAGUCAAAAUCUUUGUUCUUACGCAUCCCAUUCUAUUGAUUUCUACACUGAACUUUACAGACAGCAAGAAAUCCAAAUGGAUAGAAAAGACAGACUUGGCUUAAAAAACGAUGUUGCCACAAGAUGGAACUCUACCUAUUACAUGCUUGAGCGAAUGUUACACCUGAAACCAGCCAUUGCUGCAACCUUACUCAAAUUUCCUUCUGUGGGAAUUGAAUUUUCCGUCCAAGAUUGGAGCCUCUAUGAAAAAGUGGUGAGGAUUUUAAGUGUUUUUGAGGAGGCAACAAAAAUGUUGUCAGGUAGUGAUUCUUGUAUCAGUUCCUGCAUUCCAAUUGUGACAACAAUAAUUAAAGCUUUGGAAACAACCUCCGGCGACGUCAGUGUUCAGAAAUUGAAAAUAGCUAUGAAAAAUGCAAUGGAAAAACGUUUUUCAGCAAUUGAAAAAACAGAACAUUAUUCAGUUGCUACUUUACUUAAUCCAAAAUACAAAUGGUAUUUUUUCCGAUCUCAAGCUGCUUUGCAAAAUGCCAAACACAUUGUCAUGUCCCAAAUGGAGAAUUUUGAACCUCUUGAAGAUGAAUUGGCUCCUGUUACUCAAAUUCCAUCUGGUGACAAUGAAAAAAAUACGGCAUUCUCGCACAUAAUGUCAAAAAUUAUUGCACAGUCUCAAGCAGGACCAAAUGAGGAUUCAUCUUCCAAAAUGACGAGGGAAGUGUUGAAGGGUUUUUUGGAUUGUCCAAUGGCUUCUCAUUGCCUAGAAUUUUGGAAAAACUAUGAAAAAAAUGCGACUAGCAAAAUCAAGUUAGCAUUGACUAAGGUGGCAAAAAAGUACCUCACACCACCCCCAACAUCCACAGAUGUUGAAAGAUUGUUUUCUACGGCUGGAGAUAUUCUAUCUAACGAAAGAAACAGACUCCUUCCAGAAAAUUUGGAAAAACUCCUUUUUUGUCGAGAAAAUCUUGCAGUUGUUGGAUUCUGCUAUUAA